AUUAAGAACGCAAUAUAUUAACAUUUUGCUUGGCGAAGACGCUCAUAAAUACAACGGUGGACUCUGAUGCGAAAGACAGCUGUUCCACUGCCCCGCUGGGUAAUAUAACAAAAUGAAAGCAAUAGUUUUGGGGUUCGUGCUAACAAUCUACUUUCCAAUUUGCAUUGGGAGGCAUGUUAAGGCCUUACACGCCUAUAAUUAUGUACACAAGCCUCGUCUAUCGAUGAGGGACCACGGAUUGUUAGAUGAAGGGAGACCAAGUGAAAAGCCCACCUCACCUGUUGUGUGCGAAGAUGAUCCAAACUAUGCAGAUGGCUGUCCUGAGAAAGCUGCCGUUGAAAACUAUUGCAGAGACCAAAGGACGUUUAUGAGAAAAUACUGCGCUAAGUCGUGCAACUUUUGUACAGAAGCGGCAACUGCUCGACCCACAACUGCAACUGCUCGACCCACAACUGAGGCAGAAAAGCCGCCCGCACCAAUAGUUUGUGAAGAUGAUCCAAACUAUGCAGAUGGCUGUCCUGAGAAAGCUGCUGUUAAAAACUAUUGCAGAGACCAAAAGAGUUUCAUGAGAAAAUACUGCGCUAAGUCGUGCGGCUUUUGCACAUCAACUACAUCACCCACUGAGGAGCCAAUGAAACCUGGAGAAGUGGGAUGCGCAGAUAAUCCACAGUUCAAAGACCAAUGCGUGGACAUUGCUUCGAAGCCAGGCUUUUGCAAAGAGCAGGAAGACUUCACGAGAAAGAACUGCAAAUCGUCAUGUGGAUGGUGCGAUUCACCAGCAACAAAGCCCCCUAUUCAGGAAAUCUGUGGCGAGGAUGCACCAAAGUGGAGAGAAAAAUGUCCCAAAUGGGCCGAGCAGGGAGAAUGUGAAGAUAAAAGGAAGUAUAAAUUCUUAGAACACUACUGCCCAAAGUCCUGCAAAUUUCCAUGUAAAAAAGAGCCAACUGUAAAUCCCAACGCGACAAAGCCGCCUUCACCUCCAGCUUUCUGCCGUGACCGAGACAGAAAUUGUGCGUGGUGGAAGUCAUUUGGAUUGUGUGAAAAUCCCGGACGUAACUCAUCCAUGGCCGUCUACUGUGGAGUGACUUGCGGUUUUUGCAAAGCACCUACCCCAGAGGAAUGUUAUGACAAAGGAAACAAUUGUCAGGAGCUAAAGAGGGCCGGACAUUGUAAAUCCACCAGACCCGACAUGGAGUAUGAAGUCAAAACAAACUGUUUGCAAACAUGCGAGUUCUGUGUUCCUGAUCGUGGUCCUUGAGGAAUGACACAGACUCCAAGGAAACGCAGGAAUUCUUCGUGCGUUUUGAAACACAGCACUAUAUUAAUCGCCUCUCUGCGAAAAGCUGCAAUAGAAUGCUUAUCCUACGAAGCCUGACGGUAGAGCUCGAAACGCUGCUGCAUUAAUGUAACAGAACCCAUAAUAAAAUACUGAUAAAAACCUA